UUCCGGAGGUAAAAUGGCUGCGCUGGUGUUUCGAGCGUCCGGUCGGCUGCUACAAACGACGGCCAAGUAUUCCGCAGCUGGCGGGCCGGUUGCGGACAGAUUUGGGUGUUGGAACGGCUUUCAAGGAGCAAAACGUUAUUUGUUAACAGAAGAUGUUCUGCAGUUACGUAAGUUUCAGGAGAAGAAAUUGGAAAGCGAAUAUAAAAUAUAUGGCCGAAAAGAUGAGUUUUUCAGGACUAUUGAAGAAAAGUUAGCAAAUAAUACACUUAUCCUCAAAAACGAAUUAGUAAAUCUACUAUAUUUGUGCCAAUCCAAAAAUGGAAUAGAAUUAGUCAGAAGAACCAUAUACAGGUAUCAUGAAGAGAACAGAAACAGGAUCUUUGGAGAAUUCAGAUUUGGACCCAUAUUUAUGAGGCUGUGUUAUGAACUAGACCUUGAAGCAGUUGCACUGGAACUCAUCAAAGACCAGACUCUAAAUGGCUUCUUUGGAGAUAACACAUCAUUCAAUAUAUUAAUGGACAUGUUAUUUGAAAAGGGCCAUUAUGAAGAUGCUCUGGAAGUGCUCUUAGAAAUGGACAGGGGAAAUGUCAGAUUCAGCCAAGACACCUACUUGCUUGCAUUUGCAAUAUGCUACAAACUGAACAACCCAGAGUCUUGGAAAUUUGUUAAUACAUUACUUGAAGAUAAGCAUCUCCAGGGAUAUGAGUUUUCAAGAAGAACACAAUAUUUUGUAGUCGCACUUGGUCUGAAACAGAAUGAUUUUAUAAAGGCCCACUAUUAUUUUUCACAGUUACAGCAUUCAGAAAGUAUAGUAUAUGAUAAUCUAAAGAUUCUUCUUUUGGCUGCUUCUGGAAAUCUAAAAAAUCUUGUGCAAACACUGGAAAAAGCUUCAAAAAUCGAUACCUAUUUUGUGAGAAAACCUAGCAUCUGUAAGGACGUGAUGACUGCAGCCAGGGAAAAAGUAGAAGUCAAUUCACAACUCAUUAUUCAGUUUGAAGAAAUCGUCACCAAGUUAAAAGUCUCAGGACAGAUAAAUGAACUGACUCUGGAUGACCUGCUGUGUGAGGUCCCACACCCAAAAGGGUACAAAAUGCAGCUGUUGAAAGAAAUGAAACGGAGUCAACGGACUUUACAGCCUCUUCAGUCUUUUCUGCUGAGUGAUUGAGUGCACUUGCCCCAUCAGGAAUUCUAUCCUAUAAUCUCCCUUUCUUACAAGAUUUUCAUUUAGUGUGUUUUCAUGGAUGAAUACUGAUGUUCAUAAAUGAUAUGAAUGGUUUUCCUGGUAUAUUGCCAAGAAAGUAAUGUAAAGACCUAACAUAACUUCAAAGUAGGCAUUCUGCAGGAACAGUUAAAACAAGCUUGCCAAGCUUAUCAAGGCAUUUCUUGAUUUCAUAUUUCCAUAGUCAUUGGUUCCUGUUGGAGAGAAGGUGGUAUGGAGAAGACAGAAACAACCAUCUUUCCCUUGCUUUGUCCAUCUGAGCAGUUCACUAAAGGGAAGAACUCUGUUAGACAGCAAGCAGUGUUGGGCUAGGGAGACCCAAGUUCAGGUCCCCACUUAACUACAAAAUUCACUGGGCUUUUUUGGGCUGUUAACACAUCACAUUCAUCUAUGGUCACUUAAGCACGAUUUUGUUAGUAAACCAAAUUGGCUAGAUUCAUUCAGUAUGCCAAGCUAUACAAACAGUGGCUAGAUUUGCACAACAUACUAAGCCAAAGCCAAAUAUGCCUCAUUUGGAUUGAGUUCACCCAAAUGCUCUGCUAAAAUAUAAUUAAUUUGUGGAUUAUUAUUACAAUUAUUAUUCCACCUUUUAUCUCUCUCUCGGCAGCAAACAUACCUAAUACUCCUUCCUCCUCCUAUUUUCCCCACAACAACAACCCUGUGAGGUGAGCUGGGCUGAGAGAGAGUGACUGCCCCCAAAUCACCCAGCUGACAUUCAUGCCUAAGACAGGACUAGAACUCUCAGUUUCCUGGUUUCUAGGGCAGCAUCUUAACCACUACAUCAAACUUGUUCAUGAUAUGACAAUAUGCUGUAAAAUCCAAUUAAUAUGAUUAGUUUAUGAUUCAUUGUGUAGUAGGAGCACAGAUCGUGGGACUGAUUCAGUAAAUCAUGAUUCAGAUAGCCGUGGGUUAUUUUUGCAUAUGGGCACACAAUUCUUCUGCUUUCAAGCAAACCUUUUGGAAGCCUCUGAUACAAAGAUCUAUAGAAGUCCUCAUAAAAAGCCUGCCAUCUCUGCUCUUCCCUCCACCUGUUCCCCCAAGCCUACCAGUUUAUAACAGAUUCUUCCAUGGUCCUACCUGAUUUCAAUUUGCCUUGCUGAGUUGGGCUGAGAGUCCCUUCAUUUUUAGCAUGUAAAGAUUGUUACUUUCAUGGCAAUGUGUUUACCAGAAUCAGAAUUCCUCAGUACUACUAAGGAGACAUUUCAUAAUAUCUUAAGGAGUCAUUUUCUAUGAAAAGGGUUCCUGAAUGCUUAAAGGAACAAGAGCUGUGAGGGAUCACAGUUGCAGAAGCUAUGCUGCUAGACCGGUAUAUAUAAAAAUAAUGCAAAAUGGAAAUAUCCUUGAAGCUCGAAUCCUAAGCACACUUAGGUGGAAAUAAGUAUUGCUGAAUUAAGAGUAGCUGGAGUCAGUCUGAACGCUGUGUAAUGUCUGUAUCAGACAUAAAUGAACAAGGUUUUGUUAAUUUAUUUUUCCCUUAGAUGCGUAUAUAGCAACAAAAAAGCAUAUUUCUAUGUACCCCUGUCUUCAAGUAUUUUUUUAAAGAACUAAUUUUAGAAAAAGAAAUAGGAACUGAAUUUUUCAUUUUCAAUAUCUUGUCAAAAUACUGUAGAACAGACAGUAGAGGGUGCAGUAUUCAUUCUUUGUAAAACAAUCCAUCUGGUUUGAAUGGGGAAUACAAAUUGUAUCAGGUACAAUUUUAAAAAUCUGUAUUACCUUUUGUGUUUUAAAAUUAGUUACAUAUAAAAUUAUGAAUGCACUGAAA